CUCGUGUAAGCACUGCCCCAUGCGGGCCAUACUAGCCUGAGCUGUCACUGCUCUUCACUGCCGUAGAAAUAAGUAUUGGAAAGGCCAGCACUAUCAGAUGCGCGCGCGUUCUGCAGCGGCCUUUCUCGAUAUUUUGCAAACAUUAGGCAUCAUGGCCAGAGACUCGGAGGAUUCCAGUACCAUCGCUACCAGGACCGCAAGGAAUACUUCUGCGAUCUGCGAGCCCAGUAUGUGGCAGUGGUGCUGUCCAAACUUACUCGGUGAAGGCUCCCACUGGCAGCAGUACCAUCAAAAUCUAGACGGUACGUAGACUUGCAAG